AUGAAAUUAGAUUUUAUCAAUUUCUCAUUGAUAUGCACUCAUAAAAUGUCUGUUUUUUCUGUAUUUCAGGAUUCAACGCAAGUUAGAUCUUGGACUUAAUGGUAGAACCAAUCUGAACAACCCAGUUUAUUUUCUAUACGCUGCAGGACCAAUGAGUAAUAAGAUAUUUUGAUAUUUCAGCAUAUGUUUAUUAUGAUUUUCAGUAUCGAUCGCCAAAACAUUUUGACUUGGUGAAAGGACAAAAUUCUUCAAUGGCAAUGCAUCGCCUUUUAUUUUAAUCAAUCGAGAUAAGCACAGGCGUACGGGAGGGAAAAAAAGGGGGCAGAAAGAAAUUCGUUAAACUUGUUUUCAUUUUGCCGACCAAUCAAAAAAAAUUUCCCAGCUAAACUUCGAAAGACGGGGAAAUUCUUGUAGACGGGUGCGGGGGAAGAAUUUUGGGCCAAAUUACAUUUUCGACUAUUGUCUUGCCUUUUUAACCAUUAUCUUACAGUACAUAUUUCUUGCUUUUCAAUUUAGGGGAGUAAUACAGUACUUAGUCUUGUGGUAGUGUAUAUUUCUUCCUUUCGUUUAAAGAUCUUAUUUUGAUAUUUUCUAGAGGACACUGGCGACAAGAUAGGUUUUCAUAAAUUAAGAGAAACAUCUCCAAAUUUCCUUAAUGUCUCCACUAUAUCUGAUAACACUGAUAACAGCAAGGCCAAGAAGGUAAAAGUUAAUAAAUUACUGGAGUCACUCAGUACACUUUAGUCGAAAUAGGGAAAUAAACAGUUUUUGAAAUGUUUGUUGCUUUCGGAAUUACUAUUGUUAAGGCGGCUCUCUACCUUUUUAAAAAUGUUGAAAAUGCAUAAAUUAGAUUAACUCUAAGUAUAGGUUAUUUUGAGGCAACGAGGGGAUAUGUGAUUUAUUCACCGAGGCGCGCAGCGCCGAGGUGAAUAAACACAUCCCCGAGGUGCCUCAAAAUAACGUACUUAUUUUUCACAUUGCAUCUUGCUAGAAAUAAAAAAUUGUACACCAUAUAUAUAGAGCAACAAUGAAACGGUUGGAAAUUGGUCACAAAAAUUACGGUUGCUAGCGCUGUGGAAACAAUGGCGAUUCAAUAUGUCAGGUACGUUAGACUAUCUGACCUAGUUUAAAGUACCUAUGACACGAAAUUUCACCCCAAAGGUUGAUGGUUGCAUUGUAAAGAUCACUUAAAAUGACUUAAUAAUUUCUUUUAUAGAAUUUUGGUAACUUGCUCCCUUUUCAAGAUAUUCAACUUUGUUUCAUAUGCAAAUAUCAUCGGUGUGACAUCAUAUCACAUAAUGAGUUUUCAUAAAAGUAUAGUUUUCUUGACGAAUACGUAUCUAAAAAACUUAAAUAUUGCCCUUGUAUAUGUAUUAGUUUCAUAACUGGUAAUUAACCCACUGUAUUUGUUUGUAAAAAUAUUUUAUCAAGGUAAAAUAUUGCGUUUUCAAAAUGUCAUUAUGCGAUGUGAUGUCAUACCGCAUAAGUUACCAAAUUUCUAUAAAAGAAAUUAUUAAGUCAUUUUAAGUGAUCUUUACAAUGCAAUCAUAAACAUUUGGGGUGAAAUUUCGUGUCAUAGGCACUUUAAACAAUUCUGUACAGCCAAAUUUUGAAAAAAAAAAAUCAUGCAUGGUUUUUAGGCCGUCAGCUGCGUCCCGGAAGUGAAGACAUCAAGAUCGGUAUUGGUAUCGGAAGUCGAACUUAAACUCUCUAUUAUAUCACUCAAAACGACCAAUUUCUAUUAACCAGUCUUUCUUUUAUUAUGAACAAAAGACCGUUUUGCUCGAAUCAUUUUGAGUUAUGUAAUCUUAUGCGUGUUGGACGUAAACAAUUAUCACUUAUUUGCUGAGACCGAGGGAAACAGUGUGUUUUGUGGACCCGAGACCGCCGUUGUUGCCCGAGGCGAAUCCCGAGGUCUCAGUAAAUAAGUGUUUUGUUAUAUAGUAUACAAGUGUCAAAGUAUAAAUAUUCACCGGUUAUUGGAGUGAACUUGAUUUGAAACCAAAACUGGAUAAAUGGAACGCCGUAAAUGUUUAGUAAAACGUUUUAAAAAUGAACUUUGGAACUUCAUGGUUGACACGCAUGCGUAUUGCACCCAUUUUAUUAUUGACCGGUCAAUAAAUGUUUCAUUGCGGACCGGUUGCCGAACAUGACGUUUUGUGGACCAGCACGUGACACGGUUUUAACCAAUCGGCAAACAGAAAAAUUGAACUUUGACACUAACUAUAUAACAACAUAUCUUGUCUGCAACUUUGAGAAGGUACAGACAACACCUUCUAAAAUCCUCAGUUCUAACGAUAUCUCUGUAAAAUCGCAAGUCUUUUGGCUAUGUUACUGGCCUGAAAAAUAACUAAUUUAACGCGAUCAAGGUAUUUAAAACAAAAGUAAUGCGAAGCCAACGUAACGGCAAAGACAACACUAAAAUGAAAUAUUGUCGAUUGGUUUCUGGUAGAAGACUUUAUAUACGACAUGAUCAAUCUUAGAUAACCUUAAACUAGAAGAAUAAUUGUUCACAUCAAAGACAAAGAUCAGUCCCAAAGUAUAAAAUCUGCUCUGUAAACUUACGACGAAGUGGAGAAAUGUGUGCAUAAGCUGUUUAUUUGGUGAUUUUAACGUAUAUGGCAGCCCUCUUUCCAAUAAUAUUCGCUUAUCGCACAGAAUAACACAAACUGAUAUAAUAGUUCAAAUGCAAUGAUAAGUUACCUCUUGAAUUACAUCUCGGAAACUGUGUUGGAAAUGUAGCCUAAAUGAUUACCGUUUUACACCGUUGCAUAAAACAUUUCGAUCGCAUGUAAGGAAUUAUUUCUCAUUCCAGAGACAUAGCCCAACGACUUACCAUUGAUGUAGAGAUAUAUGAUAUGACGAUUUUACAGAGAUAUAGCCAGAACUGAGGAUUUUACAGCGAUAUCGGUACCUUCCCAAAGUUGUAGACAAGAUAUGUUGUUUACGUCCAACGCGCUUAAAAUUACAUAACUCAAAAUAAUCCAAGCAAAACGGUCUUUUGUUCAAUGUACAGGGAGUCCCAAAAAACCCGAAAACUAUUGAAAUCAGCAAUAACAAUUUAAUUGUUAGAAUUUGAAUGCCUUAGCGCUCUGUUGGUUCCCUCGAGUGCAUAAAUGAUUGACAUAAGUAAAUUUUAUGCAUAAAGAAACUGUUUAAGAAGCUGUUUUUAAUUCCCAGGAGCAGAAAAUCGCGCACUUUACCAGGAGAUAUUCCUAACUAAAUUCUAAUAGAUGCACCUUGUCAAUAUUUUACCCAUCAUUACGUCCAGCUGUUUGGUAGGGCAUUCAAAUUUAACAAUAAGUGAUUUCAAUAGUUUUCGUUUUUUUUGGGACACCCUGUAGAGACUGGUUCAUAGGAAUUAGUCAUUUUGAGUUAUAGCCUACAAUCGUGUGUCUUCAUCCAUCCGUGUUUUUGAACAAUGAAAACAAUUUGUCGUGAAAUUAGUGAAGAGAAAAUCGCAGUUGUGAGAAAACAGCGGGUCUACGGUGCGGGACGUUUUCGGAUUUGAACUCGGCGUGUUCGAAAGUGUUAGUUCCCAUAAAUACAUUUCAGUUCCAAGACAUGCUUAAUUAAAAUCGUUUUCUAGGCUUUUUUCGAGGUCACAGCAAACUGCAGAAUUUUUAAAACUCGGUCAGGUAGUCUAUUAAUUGUACUACGAAAAAACGUUUCCUGAAAUAAAAAUUAGUGUUACCUUUUCAAGUAAAGUGGUUAAAAGUAAAAAAAUAUCAGCAAUGAUGAAUCGUCAUUGUUGCCAUAGCAACUGUGGUGACGUUAUUUAUGUGGCAAAUUUCAAAUUCUGAUACUGUUCCUUUAUAAAAGUUGUACAAUUUUUUAUAUCUGACAAGUAAAAUUCCUUCAAAAGUUUGAUAUAAUUUAUGAUUUCCCCCUAUUUUUAGUGCAAAGUUGCUUUGCACUAUUGUUAUGAGGUUAAAUUCAAUUCAGUGACCGAUCUAUAGAGUAAACAAUCCGGGGGGAGCUUGCAAAUUAUUUUUAUUACGUUUUCUACUAAGAGCUUCGCGAUGUUCGCAUUGUUCGGCCAACUAAUCGUUCAUAGCUGUUUGUAGAUUAUAACAAUCUAUAUUUAUAUUCAUGAUGGUACAUGUUCUUACUUAUUUAUCUGACAUUUAGAGAAGUUAUAACAGUUAGGCUAUAACCAAAUUACUGUUGCAUUUCAAGCACUUGUUCAGUAUAUGAUAUGCCCCCCUGUAACAUAAAUACACGUGCAUAAUACACGUGCUUUCAUAUGUUAUUAUUUUACAAUGGCGGACAUGGACGAGCGGUGACUAUUGAGCGGCGGUGUGAAAUCGUGUAGACUAUAGAGUGUAUUACAUCUGAGGUUGAUAGUAUUAUAGCACAGUGGUUUAAUAUCUACGAAAGAUACGGAGCGAUGUAUGCAUGAAUAAGUGCCAAUGGAUAGUUUUGAUAUAAAAUUAUAAGUCAGCAGCUGAUUUCUAUCAGCUAGCUUAUUCUUGUAUUAUUAUAUCACGAUAUAACCCGCGGAAAGAGGGACCGCUCCCAGUCUAUAUCAGUUAGCUUAUUCUUGUAUUAUUAUAUCGCGAUAGAGCUAGGUUUACAUGGCCCAAUAUUCAAUAAAUAGUAAAUCAUAAAAUUAAAAUUGAAAUUUUGCUCCAGAGGCAACAUGCCGAGGUCGAGCGUAUUAUAUUGUAGCGGCGACGCCAGCGAGAGCCAAUGUCCCAGUGAACUAUAAAUGUCUGUAUUAAUGAUCUAAUGUUUGUAGUGAAGUAUAUUAUUUUUAAUAGCAGAAAUUUCUGUACUCAAUAUAAUCUAUAGUCAGUAUUAAUGUCAGUUCGUAUUGUUUCCGAGACGUUAUAUAUAAACAGUCAUUCCAAGCUUUUUUCAACUGAACUAUUGGUAUUUAUAUUUCAUUGAUAAACUGUAAAAUAUUAUAUUUAACAGACACAAUACUAAAGUAAAAUGUGGUGCCCGCCUACAAAUAAAACUUUCGGCGUUUCCGCCUACAUGCACAAGUAAAGUUAUAUUUAGCACGCUACACAUUCUCCUGUCGGCCGCCAGUUGGUCUGUAUAUUAGGAUCAAAACUGCGUUUUAAAGCCUUCAAAAUAAAAUAUUUGCGCUCAAAAUACUAUCAAAAUGAGGAGAAAAGUGAGACGAAUCCGCUGGCAUACGGCCAAAAACGAGAAAACCAACAAUUCCGAAGUUAUCAAGGAUCAAACGGACUGCAUUUUUAAUUAGUUCAAUAAUUUUGAGCGAUUUGUGAACAAUACAAUUUCGCUUGUCUUUCAAAGGCAAUAAAUCGCUAGAAUACUGUUGUUUAGUAAUACAUUUGACAUCUGUGAAUAUAAUUUCUUACGCUGAUUCGAACAGUAGUAUUUUUGUCCUUGUUUGACCCAUAAAACCAGAGAUAAUUAAAGCUUAGCAAGUAGACAAACUCGCAAACAAAGUCACAGCGGGCACCGCAAAGUGAGAAAUAUUUAGAUGUCGGCCAUAAUUCUGUUUGCAUAUUAUAUAUUACUGUAAAGUCAUUAGACAGCAACUUCUGGGGCACGUGGCCAGCACGCAGUGGACUUGAACUCGUCCUGUCAGGUGACAACAAUUUCUUGCAAGCUGUUCAUUUUUGUUUCAUUUCGAUUUUCGAAGGCGGUUUAUUUUGUUUUGUAUUAAAUAUACAACGAAAAAUGGGUAGAAAAUUGAAUUAAAAGCAAAGAAAAAAGAUCUGGACUAAAGCCACCAUUCAAGGGAUUAAGCCGUGGAAAAUCAUCCAUGCGAAAACAACAAAAGUUACUGUCGUGGCUUGUAAUAUAUAAAAACAAACGCCAAACAACUUCCUUAUAGAUGCAUCAAUCCUAUCAGUUCAUACAUUAAUCAUUAUGCGAAUCAACAUAUUAAAAUCUUAAUUAUCAUUUGUCAUAUCAACUUUGCACUAUCCUUGGGAUCUCUGAGUUAAAAAUUGUAGGCAGCCACCUUAGGAAAUAAUUCAAUUAAUUAUUUAUAUACAUGCGUUCAACAAUACAAAGAACCAAGCACGGUAGAAGAAAACUAGAUUCGAGAGAAGAAUACCGCCAUCUUGAAAUUAAAUUUACGAAUUUUAACAAGACCACUGUGUCGGAGAUAAGUCAUCAUCGGACGGAAUGAAGUAGCAUAUACAAUAGCAGUAGCAGCAGUAGUAGUAGUGAACAAUUAGUUACAGCUAAUUCAUUAAUUUAAGGUUGACAUCUGAAGGUUAAAUCUCACAACCGCAAAAGUUCAACCCAGAGUUCAACCUAGUCGGCAUGUACAAUGGGCGUGUUUUAUUAUUAUGAGAUUGCUAAAUCAUGCCUCUAUAGUAAUGUUGUUAUUGUAAUCCCAAUGGCAGAAAACAACAAAUGAACUGGACUAACAAUUGAAAUUACUUGACUGUAAACCAAUAAGAUUACAUUCGGGUUGAAUGGUGCGCAGAUAUUUCGAACUCGAUAGAUGAUAGGCAAAUGAACACAGACACAGUUCGUAAAUAAGGUUAUACUUUAUAAUACGGAUCCAAAAUGUUCACGAGAAUAGAAGGUAUAGUCGUAUACAAUCGGUUAUCGAUUAUCGGUUCGAACUAAAUAACAUGACAAUGAAAAAUAUCUACUUAAACUAUGAAAAUACUGUUUGCGUGACUAUAUCAUGAAUCACGCGAUCGCACGAAUACGCAAUAACUAUCAAUAAAUGAACUAUACUGUAUCAUACCCUAACAUGCAUUAACUAAACAUAACUGAAUAUUUCAACUGAAUAUACAUUAAUAACUAAAUCAUUUAACAACAUAUAGAACCUACGAUUGCAACUGUACAAAAGAAAGGUCAAAUGUGUACUCACGUUGGUUUACACGCGCACCAAUGACUUUUAACUUUGGCUUGAAAACCACUGCGAGUACGUUGAAUACAAUGUGGAUAGAAAUAGUUUACCAACAGCUAUCACGAUAGCGUCCACAGAUACAAAACUUUGUCCUUACACAACAGACCUUGAGUCACGCAACUAACUAAUAACUAAAAUUCGAUCCCGUAGGCGCAACUAGAUUGACAAGCUCUGAUUGACAUUAGAUAGAUAGAUAGAUAGAUAGAUAGAUAGAUAGAUAGAUAGAUAGAUUUAAUAAUUUAAUAAUUUAAUAAAAAUACCGAUUUGUAACCUAUUAGGUUAAAUUACAUCAGUAAAAAGUCUCAUUAUACUACAAUAGAAUAUCUAGAUGCAUAAAAUUAUUCAUAACUUCAGUUGAAAAAGUUAUAGAGUUCAAAUUUAAAAAUAUUAAAAAUAUUAAAAUUAUGGUCUAUUCAUAUGUGAAACCAUCUGUGGAAAAAACGAUUUCAUAAAUCUGUCCGUUUUACAACUAUAGUUAUUAUAAUCGCUUCCAUAACGUGUAUUAUAGUUAUGUUCAAGUUUAGGCGGUAAGAGGUCACCCAAUUUGUCUCCAUGUGCAUUUUUAACAAAAAAACGUUCGCAUAAUAAUCGCCGCCGAUCUUUCAGUAAGGGUAUACCAGUAAUACUGCAAGCUUCUCUAUAAGUAGCGAAUGGCAAGACAAUACGCAGAGCCCGCUUCUGGAGUUUUUCGAUAUCUUCACUUAGGUAUUCUGUAAUAUUGAAGUGCCAAACUUGGCAGGCAUAUUCGAGUACUGGUCUGAUAAUGGUGCAGUAUACCAAAAUUAGAAUGCUAUUGUCGGCAUUUGAUCGUUUUAACAACCUUAGCAUAUAAAGGCGUUUUCCCGCUUUUUUAACAAUAUGGUUCACAUGCUCGUUCCAUUUCAAAUCAUCUUGGAUUGAGAGACCAAGAAUUCGGGCAGAUUUUACCCGCUCAAUACCAACGUUAUUUAUAGUUAACGGUAAAAACUCAUGUUUUUCUCUUGCAAAGUCAAUUACCAUUUCCUUACAUUUGUCGAUGUUGAGCUUCAUAUUAUUAACUUCACACCAAUUAUAGAUAACAUUCACUAGAUCUUGUAGUUCACUACUCUCAGUUGAUGUAACUCGUUCAGCAAACGUACUGUCAUCAACAUACUUCCAUCUAUCGCUCCAAUCAAUAAGAAGAUUAUUUAUCAUAACAAGGAACAAAGCCGGCCCUAACACCGACCCUUGCGGCACUCCACCGUUUAACGUUUGCCAGUCCGAAUGACAGUUAGCCAACUUGACUCGUUGUUUACGAUCAGAGAGAAAACUUCUAAUCCAAUUUAUAAUGGUUUGGGAAACACUCAUUUGUUGUAGCUUAUUCACCAGUAUGUUGUGAUCUAUUCGAUCAAAAGCUUUUUCAAAAUCAAGCAAGAAUACUCUCACCGCAUUGCUUGAAGCAUCUGUAGCACUCAGGAGGUGAUGGAUCAGGCUCAGUAGGGCAUGGGUAGCCGAGGAAUUUUUAACGGAGCCAAACUGCCGCGUAUCAAUCUUUGCACCAAUUGACUUAAGUAACCAGUCUGUAACAAACCGUUCGCAAAUUUUGGAUAAAGUGGGGGUAAGUGAGAUAGGGCGCAAAUCUUUAGAAAUGUCUUUUUUUGGAACAGGGAUAACGUUCGCUUUUUUCCACAUUGAGGGUACAACUGCUUCUUGAAUCGAAGCGUUGAAAAUCGAUGCCACAGGGGAAGAAAGAACGUAUGCAUAAGAUUUAAGCACCCAAUUAGGUAUUCCAUCAGGACCAGGUGAUUUGGAAACGGGGAUGGCGGACAAUUUACAGUAUACAUCUUUUUCUUCGAUAAUAAACUGUGGAAGGAUACUUGUACUGCCAUUUUCAAUUAGGUCAUCAACUGGAGACUUAUUCAAGGGAGGAAUAUCUUGGGUAGAUGAGACAAAAACAUCAUUGAUUUUAUCUGCUAACUCUUUACCAGCAAAAACCUGGUUGUUUACAACGAAAUUAGAGAAUGUUUUGUUCUUGGCGAAACCCGCAAGCUGUUUUAUACAUUGCCACCAUUUUUUAGCAUUGGGGUUUAGUUUUAACUCAUCCAUCUUUUUCUUUAGGAAAGUUGACUUGAGUUCAAACGUGCAUUCCACAAGUUGAUUGGUAAUGGUAUUCUCACGUUCAAAGAACUAGAGGACGUUGUCUUAGACGUAGAAGUUGCACUCAAUAAUCGACCGUUGAGUUACCUCGAAGACGACAUCGAACUUUCAGUUCUAACGCCAGCCACGAUAUUAAAUAUUAACCCGAGUCGGUUACCCGAGUUAAAGGCAAGACAUCUGGAUGAGGAAGACCUUCGAAAGCGGGCGAAAAUUCUAAAAGGGUGCAAACGAGCGAUGUGGAGAAGAUGGUCUCGAGAGUAUGUACGGAGUCUGCGAGAACGACACGUGAACGCGAGGGGUAAGCAAGCAUCGUGCCCCAGAAAGGGAUCAGCGGUCAUCAUAGCGGACGAAAGCAAGAAUCGGAAUACCUGGAAACUGGGUAUAGUGUCGGACCUCAUCAAGGGUAAAGAAAAGUGA